UUCCUACACACGGGAACCAUACUAGCAGACUUGUUUAUAUACGAGCCCAUUUUCUGUGGGCACUGGUGUCCUGAGUGGGAUACGAAGAGCGCACUGGUGGCGGAACACAUGGAGAAUAUGAAGAGAAAUGCAUGCGUCCAGAGUACUAAUGACUUCAGUACUCUCAGUAAAGUGUCUGCAGCAUCAAUGGGUUAUUUUACAGAUGAAUUUCAGAAACACUUUGUUAGUCGGUUGUGCAGAAGAUCUCCCCUCAUCCACAGGGGAUAUUGGGUCCGUUCUCAGGCGAUCGCACUUUGCAUUAGGGAAUUCAUGGAGGAUACCAAGGACUGUAACCAAAGACAGGUUCUUUCCCUCGGUUGUGGCUUUGACUCUCUUUAUUUCCGGAUGUGUGGAAAGGUGCCAGCAAAAACAUCUUUCUGGGAAGUAGAUUUUCCUCCGGUGAUUCAGCGGAAAUGUCGUCUAAUCGAAGCAACAGAGCCCCUAAAUGUCCUGCUGGGUAAUAACUGGGUCUCUAGUGAGAAAGGUCCUACAGUCAUUUUCUCAGAAGAUUAUAAACUCAUUGGUGCCGAUCUAAGUGACAUUUCUCAUUUACAAUCUGCAUUGGAUGGUGCUGGAAUAAAAUGGGAUUGUCCUACUCUACUGCUCGGAGAAGUGGUGUUGUGCUAUAUGGAUGCUGCACGAUCAACAGAUGUGAUUGGCUGGGCUGCACAGAGUUUUCCCAAUUCUCGCUUUGUACUGUAUGAGCAGUUCUCUCCAGAUGAUCCCUUUGGCCAAGUUAUGAUCAACCAUUUUGUGUCCUUAAACUCUGCCCUAUGCUCAGUGAUUGCAUACCCCCAGCUUGAGGACCAGGAGCAAAGGUUUCUACAGAAGGGCUGGAAAUGCUGUCGAGUUUUAGAUAUGAAUAAAUUCUUCAUGUGUUAUGUCCCUGAUGCAGAAAAGUUGCGCAUUGAUUCUUUGGAGCCUUUUGAUGAGUUUGAGGAGUUCCAUCUGAAGUCUUCUCAUUAUUUCAUUCUUGUGGCUUCCAAUGGGAUUCUGACUGAUGAUCUAGCACUGCGCCCUAUCCCUGGACUUGCAGAUUUCCCUAUGUACCCCCUUCUGGAAUCGGGCGUCCAUCUCCGUGUGAGCCCUCUGCCGCUGACUGUCCGUGGUUUACGUAGAUUUGGUCAUCGUUCCUGCUCAGAUUCUUCUCAAGCCAUUAUUACCACUGGUGGAUUUGGUGAAGGAGAAGGAAAGCACCAGAGAUUAAAUGACAUCCAUCUUUUACUUCCGGACACAGAGAUGACCACAGGGAAAUGGGAUGGGCGCCUUUUGCACUCCCUCACCCUGCUGAAUGGUGGCGCUGUUUUGGCGUUGGGUGGCCGAUUCUCUCCAUCCUGUCCUGCUCGUGGAGCUCAGAUGCUGAGAUAUGAUAAAGUGACACAAGGUGUAGCGGUAACAAUGGUGGAUCUGCGUCCUGAGCUUCUGCGCUGGAGACACUCUGCCACCGAGGUUUCUCUCUGUGGAACAUUCUAUGUGCUGGUAUUUGGAGGACGCUCUGUCGGAUCGGCAGCUCUGCAGGAUCCUCUGUUUCUGCAGCCAGGGGACAUGUCAUGGGUACAGGUUCCUGUAAUGGGCGAUGCCCCGAUGGGGUGUCACACUCAUAGUUCCUGCGGAUGGAAAGGGGGAGCGGUAAUAUCAGGGGGGAUUCUCCAGUCUGGGCUCCCCAGUGGCUUCAUUACUGUCCUGCGACCCUGUGAAACCCACUUUAUCUGGGACACGCUGCCGACCACCCCCCCGCUUACACCCAGGUACUCGCACAGCUCCCAUGUGAUUGGUCAGAGACUGCUGCUGGUUGGAGGGGUGUGGAUCCAGUCCCGUGGUGUGCCUGGACUUACUAUGGUGGAUCUGGUAACAGGGCAUGUCGCCGAAUUUCAGGUUCACAGUGCCUUGCUGGAGUGGCCGCUCAUGUUACAUGGUCAUAGUUCUGUACUGCUUCCCGAUGGCGAGCGCUUGCUUCUGCUGGGUGGAGGUGGAACCUGCUUCUCUUUUGGAACACAUCUGAAUAUGCAGCCUGUUGUUCUAGAGCUACCGUCUUCGCUUUGACACACUGCUUAUUACAUCACAUUGUUUAUGUUCUUCCAAAUAAUCUGGAACACUUUAAAAAAUAAAAUAAAAAAAUCUAUUGCAAAUAAAA